AUGAUGAAGGAGGAAUAUGCAGUGGCAAACGAACUAGCAAUCAACAUGGAAAAUACUGAAGGACCUCAUGAUGAUGAGGAUCUUUUUGCUUACCUAUUCAAUGAGGAUGAAUAUUCAUCAACUUCAAGAAGCAACCAGCAACUAGAAGGGCCUAAGAUACCAAAGAUUCCAAGGAUGCUUCGGGAUCUUGACAAAAAUAAAGGUUGCUUUGAUCCUCGUGUGGUUUCCAUCGGUCCUUAUCACCAUGGGGAAACUCAGCUCCAAGAAGGUGAGAAACUCAAGAGUAAACUGGUGAGGCUACAUUGUAAAACUCCUUCUAAGAUUGCUGAUUUAUACAAGAAAGUCAAAGACGUGGCCAACGAAGCAAGGGAAUUCUAUGACAGAGAAGGAUUGCAAAAUAUUGAUGAUAAGGCAUUCACAAAAAUGAUGUUCAUUGACGAUUGCUUCAUUCUAGAGUUCAUGACCAUGUGCUUGCCACCGAUAGGAGAUCAACACGAGUAUCAUCCUAAGAAGAUGAUAACUAAUGACAUAGGUAAUGUCAAGCACGACUUGCUCUUGUUAGAGAAUCAACUCCCUUACAUUGUCCUCGAGGCUUUGAUGAAGGACAAAAAAUGA